AUGGGUGGCCAACAGUACUGGAACGACCAUUUGUGGCAGUUGCAGAAACAAUACGACCAAGUAUAUGUAAAAGCGCCAAAUGCUUCAGCCUCACCCGAAUGCAUGGACCAAGUGCGUUUUUAUGGCUGUCGCUAUACGUUUCCGGGUUGCGAUCGCAGCACAAGUGCAUUUAAAUCGAAGAAAUUUUGCAAGGACUCGUGUCUUCAUUUUACAAAGGAAUGUAGUACGUUUUUGAAGGCGUGGAAAGAUCUUUACUUGUCAGGGAAUCCAGAUGAAGCGUAUCGGUUCAGUUGUUUGAAAAGACCAUUAAGAAAUGCUGGAGAUUCCCCUGAGUGUGUCUAUUAUGAGAGGAAAGAAAGUUUGGAAAAGGAAGGUAUGUUAGUUGAUCUUCGGUCCAUCGAUAUGUCAUUCAGUCCAGGAGUCAGUCGGUUGGCCGGUCGGUUAGUUAGUCUAUCAGUUGUCGCUCGUUCAGUCCUGUCAAUCGGUUGGUUGAUAGGUCAAUCCAGUUUAUUCGGUUGGUUGGUCGGUCGGUCAAUCAGUUGGUUAGUCGGUCAGUCGGUUGGUUGGUCGGUCAAUCCAGUUUAUUCGGUUGGUUGGUCGGUCAAUGGGUUGGUUAGUCGUUCAAUGGGUUGGUUAGUCGGUCAAUGGGUUGGUUAGUCGGUCAAUGGGUUGGUUAGUCGGUCAGUCGGUUGGUUGGUCGGUCAAUUCAGUUUAUUCGGUUGGUUGGUUGGUCGGUCAAUGGGUUGGUUAGUCGGUCAAUGGGUUGGUUAGUCGGUCAAUGGGUUAGUUAGUCGGUCAAUGGGUUAGUUAGUCGGUCAAUGGGUUAGUUAGUCAGUCGGUCAAUGGGUUAGUUAGUCGGUCAAUCAGUUGGUUAGUCGGUCAGUCGGUUGGUUGGUCGGUCAAUCCAGUUUAUUUGGUUGGUUGGUUGGUCGGUCAAUGGGUUAGUUAGUCGGUCAAUGGGUUGGUUAGUCGGUCAGUCGGUUGGUUGGUCGGUUAAUCCAGUUUAUUUGGUUGGUUGGUUGGUCGGUCAAUGGGUUAGUUAGUCGGUCAAUGGGUUGGUUAGUCGGUCGAUCGGUUGGUUGAUCGGUCAAUGGGUUAGUUAGUCGGUCAAUCAGUUGGUUAGUCGGUCAAUCGGUUGGUUGAUCGGUCAAUCCAGUUUAUUCGGUUGGUAGGUCGGUCAAUCCAGUUUAUUCGGUUAGUUUGUCGGUCAAAUCGGUUGGUUGGUCGGUAAAUCGGUCAGCAGAUCAGUUUUACGUCCAGUUUCUGAAGAGUAAUUAUUUGUAAAGUGACUAAUAAUAUAAAAAAGAAAUAAAUGAAAAGCUCUCAUUGCCUUACUAGCUAACUAAAUUGACAAAAUUGUAUUCCUGUAGCAUGAAGGUCGACUUAGACUACAACACAACUUUUGCCUAAAACUGUCGCAUGCAACCUGCUUACAACUUGAAUAAUACUGUGUAAAUCAAGCCCAUGACUCACAUGUACAAAAGGCAAAAGUUAACAUAGCUUGCAUAGCGUGCUCGGUCGGUCUGUUUUAAAUUUUGAUAAUUCGGUCGGUCAUUUAGUCUCUCAUUAUCUGUCUGUCAGUCUAAUUACUACUUUUUCUUUGUAGAUUGUCUGUACUUAAACGGCAGCAGUUACCAUGGCAACAUAUCUGUGACAUCCUCGGGUAUUCCGUGUCAAUCAUGGACAGAGCAAUGUCCACAUCGUCAUACCAUGAACAAAACAUAUCCAGAACUAAAUAACGCUAAGAAUUAUUGUCGAAAUCCUAAGAACUCUGGACAACGACCUUGGUGUUUUACUACAGAUAGGAACAAGAGAUGGGAGUACUGUGAUAUCCCGAAAUGUGUACCAGGUAUAGAAUAAUAUUGUAUUGUGAUAUCCCUAAAUGUUACUAUUAGACCCCUAAAAAUUUGCCAAUGACUGGUGAUUGAAACGAAGAUCUCAUAAUUGACUGGAUAGCCUCUACCAUUAAGAAUGAAGCCAAUUCGAUACUUUUUAACGCAUCUUUUCUUUUCGUACAGUUGAUGGUAAUUAUGGCAACUGGUCAUUAAGUAGUUCAUGUUCUGUAACUUGUGGUGAAGGUUUUGAAACAUGGACGCGAGAAUGUAAUAACCCUGAGCCAAAGUAUGGUGGAAGAAACUGCAAUCAUCUAGGAGAACCUGUUGAGUUCAGACCUUGUACUAAGAAUCCUUGCCUUGGUAAAUAUACUAUUUCUUUUGGCGAUACCAUAUUAAAACCAACCAGCUUUUGAACAACCCACUAUAGUUCAGUAAUUUUAGCUCAUUUUAAGGUCAAGGUUGGAAAAAAAUAGUAAAAAGCUAAGAAUUGUUAGAUGCAAUAAUUUAACUAUCCUGAACAAUAUACUAAAAGUCCCCAUGUAUCCUCUUGGAGCUUUUUCCAUUAUGACAAGGUUUUUUCCGAUUUCCCUGUUACUCCCAUAUUGUUAAAAAACGUGAAAUUUCAAGUUCACUCAUAACAAAAAUGACUCGCAUCACUAGAAAGCUUAUAAAAACUACAUAUAAGACAUUUAAACAGUCACCUAAAUUUUUCAAGCGGUUUUCGAGUUAUUGCUGUUCCAAAUGUGACAAAUAGGCCAAAAUCUGGCAAAAAUCCUGAGUACUAGUCUAACAACACAUUUCCAACCAAUCUCGUUCCCCGAGCCUGCGAUCCUCGGGAAGGAACGCGAGGCUCUGGGAUAAUCCGUUGCCGGAAGCCAGGAAUUCUGGCUAAGAUUGAACUACGCAUUCCAUUUCAACGGCCAAUCAGAUUCCUCCCUGAAACGGAUUAUCCAAGAGCCUCGCGUUCCUUCCCGAGGAUCGCAGGCUCGGGAACGAGAUUGGUUUCCAACAGCUCAUAACUCAAGAAGAACUCGCAAAAUCAAGGUAGCCGUUUAAAUGUCUUAUAUGUAUUUUUUUGUAAGUUUUCUAAUGAUGUAACUUAUUUUUCCUAUAAAUGAAUCUGAAAUUUCACUUUUUUAACAAUAUAGGAGUUCACUAGGGAAAUCGAACGAAAAACUUGUCAUAAUGGAGAAAGCUCCAAGAGGAUACAUGAGGACUUUUAGUAUGUUAUCAAGGUUGCUGAAGAGAGUGCAUACGCUAAUUUUUGGCUUUUUACUAAUUUUUUCUGACCAAUUUUCUAUUUUGAUUGUACUAAAAGUCGUGUUUACACCACCAGCCUUGGCCUGGCCUUGGCCUACAUUUUGACAAUGUAAACAGACUUUGGCCUAGCCUUGGCCUGACCUAGCCCAGGAAAUCUGGGCCCACUACAACCGGUGGCCUCGGCCAGGCGUAAGCCUAGGCUUGUGGAAAUGUAAACACUUUCGGCCCUAGCCUGGGCCAUAUUUUCAUGGCAACGUAUGUCCACAGUGAGAGAUUAGCGGACAACCAGCGGACAACGUUACAACACAUAAUAAUACGCAAAAUUAAUUACAAAAUUCUAGGCCAAAGUGAGCCAGUCUCAAAAAAAUAGUGUAAUGGUGUAAACGCGCCACAUUUACCUUGGCCUGGUCAAGGCUAGGCCAAGGCUUGUAGUGUAAACACGACUUAAUAUAAGCCCAAGGUUUUUUCUUAAGUACUAAACUAAACUAAACUAAACCAUACUAAGUCGUUCUUAUUUGAAUUUGAAUUUAAUUUAAUGACUUGAACACUUUUUUGUAACCUAAAAGGUUAAAUUACAAAAGUUCUAGCAAUAUAUAUAUAUAUAUAUAUAUAUAUAUAUAUAUAUAUAUAUAUAUAUAUAUAUAUAUAUAUAUAUAUAUAUAUAUAUAUAUAUAUAUAUACAAAUUGGUUUUCUCCUUCUGCCAUAUAGUGCUCUACACCAAAGUGGAGCUAAGUUAAAAUUAAAAUUAAAGAUUAAAACCUAAGAAUGUUCAUUAAAAAUUGAAAAGCACUACAGUUCUGUUUCGAGAGGCCCUUUCUAGAUCCUCUCUCUUCAGGUGCAUGAUCAGAUUAAACUAAAAUAUCCCAUUUAUAUACCGAUCGUUCAUAGUCAUAAAGCCUAACCGUUUUUAAUUAAAAAUUUGUUUGCAUGACGGCAUGCACUAGCCAGUUCGUUUCUUUUGUUUAGAGUACAAGUUUCCGGUUUACAAAUGAUGAAAUAUUUUUCCAUUAUACAUAAAUUACACUUUUUCCCAAUAUUUGAAUACGGAUUUGCACGGGCCAUUAUUUUCCAGUCUACAGCGUAUCUAAUGUUAUUGUCUUUUAGGGACCAAAUGUGCUUGCUUAACUCUGUGGAGUUUCUCUUGUUGUUGUCACGGAAUGAACACGUGUGAUUGUUAAAUCGUGUUUUGAACCGAUCCCCAGUAAGGCCGAUGUAUGUUUCCUUCGUAUCCUUGGUUUUCACAGUGGCUUGGUAAAUGACAUUGUUGCUUAGGCAUUCUCCUUUUAGCGGACAAUCUGGUUUCGAUCUACAAUUACACAUUCUUUCGGAUUGUUGUGGGUUUUCUCUGAGGAUAGAUUUGUUGUGGGUAUUGAUUUUUCUUUCUAUAUAUAUAUAUAUAUAUAUAUAUAUAUAUAUAUAUAUAUAUAUAUAUAUAUAUAUAUAUAUAUAUAUAUAUAUAUAUAUAUAUAUACUAAAAGUUAAUCACAACGAUAAGAAAAUAUAUAUAUAUAUACUAAAAGUUAAUCACAACGAUAAGAAAGUACUAAGCUAAGAAUUGUGUUACUGUUAUGUACAAAUUAUCGUGGACUAAACUUAUUUUGCUUUAAAAACAUUUGGGGUAAAAAGGAGUUUUUAAAUCGACCCGUUUUACACACAUACUAGCUUAUUAUAUUUGUCUACACCAUUUAAUCUAUUUAUACUGGAUAGCUAUUUGUAUUAUAUUACUGUUCAUAUUAUAUCUAUAUCAUUCUGUAUGUUAAUAUAUCAUUCUUUUUAUUGUUUAAUUUCACAGUUAACGGUGGCUACAGUAGCUGGAGUUUAAGCAGUCAAUGUAACGUUACAUGUGGACAAGGUGAAGAAAUAUGGCGACGUUCAUGUGACAAUCCUACCCCGAAGAAUGGAGGUCGAAAUUACACUGUGUUGGGAAAGGAUGUUGAAUAUCGAAUUUGUAAAAGACGACCUUGUCCAGGUAUGUUUAUUUAUGUUUUCUUUACUUCUUCGCUUUAAUCUCUAUGGAGUCGGCCGCUCUCGUACGUUGAUACAAUUCUUUCCUUGGCAUCCUCUUUCCACAAUAUCUCUCCAUUUCAUCCUUUUUCUCCCAACUGUUCAUCGCCCUUCUAUUGAAUGUCUUCAUGCUACCAUGAUUAGAUCUUUCUUCACACUCUGUUCUAGACAUCCUCCCAGGUAGUAACAUCAGAUCUCUUUCCACAAUAUCUCUCCAUUUCAUCCUUUUUCUCCCAACUGUUCAUCGCCCUUCUAUUGAAUGUCUUCAUGCUACCAUGAUUAGAUCUUUCUUCACACUCUGUUCUAGACAUCCUCCCAGGUAGUAACAUCAGAUCUCUUUCCACAAUAUCUCUCCAUUUCAUCCUUUUUCUCCCAACUGUUCAUCGCCCUUCUAUUGAAUGUCUUCAUGCUACCAUGAUUAGAUCUUUCUUCACACUCUGUUCUAGACAUCCUCCCAGGUAGUAACAUCAGAUCUCUUUCCACAAUAUCUCUCCAUUUCAUCCUUUUUCUCCCAACUGUUCAUCGCCCUUCUAUUGAAUGUCUUCAUGCUACCAUGAUUAGAUCUUUCUUCACACUCUGUUCUAGACAUCCUCCCAGGUAGUAACAUCAGAUCUCUUUCCACAAUAUCUCUCCAUUUCAUCCUUUUUCUCCCAACUGUUCAUCGCCCUUCUAUUGAAUGUCUUCAUGCUACCAUGAUUAGAUCUUUCUUCACACUCUGUUCUAGACAUCCUCCCAGGUAGUAACAUCAGAUCUCUUUCCACAAUAUCUCUCCAUUUCAUCCUUUUUCUCCCAACUGUUCAUCGCCCUUCUAUUGAAUGUCUUCAUGCUACCAUGAUUAGAUCUUUCUUCACACUCUGUUCUAGACAUCCUCCCAGGUAGUAACAUCAGAUCUCUUUCCACAGUAUCUCUCCAUCUCAUCCUUUUUCUCCCAACUGUUCAUCGCCCUUCUUCUUCAUGCUACCAUGAUUAGAUCUUUCUUCACACUCUGUUCUAGACAUCCUCCUAGGUAGUAACAUCAGAUCUCUUUCCACAGUAUCUCUCCAUCUCAUCCUUUUUCUCCCAACUGUUCAUCGCCCUUCUUCUUCAUGCUACCAUGAUUAAAUCUUUCUUCACACUCUGUUCUAGACAUCCUCCCAGGUAGUAACAUCAGAUCUCUUUCCACAGUAUCUCUCCAUCUCAUCCUUUGUCUCCUUGCUGUUGUCGUCCCACUAUUGGACGUCUCCAUGCUACCUUGACUGCAUAUUUCUCUACACUCUGACCUGUUCACCUCUACUCUUAGGUAGUUCCUUCCGCUUUCUUUCACAAUAUUUCUCCAUCUCAUCCUUUGUUCUCCAACCAUUCAUCGUCUCUCUAACUGCUACCUUGACGGCUUGACUGGAUCUUUCUCUACAUUCGUUCCUAGACAUCUUCUUAGGUAGUAACAUCAGAUCUCUUCCCACAGUAUAUUUCUAUCUCCAUCUCUAACGUUUUAAGCAUAAGUGGCUGUGCUGUGUAUUGAAUAUACCAGCACGAGCUAAAAACCAGCAUAUUUAAUCAUACUAUGUUAGUUAACUUAAACUUAUCAUUCUCAUUAACUUGUAUACGUAAGAGUUUUGCCUUUGAAUCAUUUUAGUUGAUGGUAACUACAGCAACUGGACUAAAUCGUCAGCAUGUAGUGUGACGUGUGGCGUGGGGUACGAGAUGUGGUCCCGGAAGUGCGAUAAUCCACCUCCUAAACAUGGAGGUGACUGUUCCAAAUAUGGCAAAGACAGAGAAAGUAGACCAUGCCGCAUGGAGCCUUGUCCAGGUUGGUUUAUUUAUGUCAUUAUUAACCAGUGUCGUUGCUUAAUUAAUAAUAAGUGUGGCUUAAAUUGCUCGAAGGGAAAUCAAAAUUAAGAUAGUCGAUUACCGAAAAUUAUCUACUAUCCUAGUGACAUCAAGUUCUGCUAAAGUGAUCAGAAUCACAUGUGGUGUUUGUGCUUCAAUCAUCGUUAUGGCCAUUUCAUUUUCAUCUGUAAAAGAAAAGUCCGGAUUACGCGAUCCAAAAGAAGUGAUAGUAAGUUUAUUGAAUUGUUUCAAUAGUUCAUAUCUUAAAUUUGUGAAACUCGUUAAUAGAAGAGAACACAAUUAAAGAAAUCAUAUAUGAGCGUGAAGGAGUUUGUAUAUUAGAAACAGAAUCAUGCUGAUUUAUAUAAAUUUUAAGUUUAAUUUUCUCACGAAAUAUCAUUAAUUCAUUUUAAAUCUCGGGAAAAGGAUGUUUCUAAUCUGAUCCAAUAAUUGUUAAUGAAAUUUUUACAGGAAUUUCUCCGUAUGCGGUGUUUGCCUUUAAACGGAUGCCAGAAAGCUAUUCACCAGUACCUAUUGAUAGUACAACAGGAAAACGCAUAUAUGAAGAAAUAUCUGAAAGCGUGGGGGAAAGGAAUAGAAUGACAACGGACGAACAUAUAUAUGAACACAUCACUUAAAAGAAAAUAUUGUAAUUUUCCUUUCAUCCGAAACGCGACGCCAUAGCAGAAUCGCAACGCAUCGUUGUUUAUUCAGGGUUAGCGAACGAAAGUCCUGUAAAUAAAAAAUAUGUCAUACAGUAGACAUGUAGCUAGUGUAAAGAAUGUACUUUUAUGUUCUUCCAACUCGAAUUCAAGCUUUUUAAAUUGUCUCGGUACUUCAGAGUAUCUUUAUUGUGUAUUUUUUCCUCCUGCAGCUAGAUUAGAAAGCGUUUUCUUGUAUUUAUCGCCCCACAAUGUAUUUGUUUUGCAAUAAACUUAUCACUUAAUAAUUCACAUAGCCAUAGGGCAAGGGAUUACCCUGCUGGCAGCGGCAAGGGAUCCACUAGAAAUUUUAAACAGGCCUAUGUAUAUAGUAUAUGUACAAGUUUAACGCCUGUAUUCUAAAAGCUCACUCACACUCAAUGAGUGGAGGUUCAAUCUGAGCUUCUCUUGAGGGUCAGUGCUGUUUUUGAAUAGCUGGAGGGUGAGUAGUCACAUUGUAAGGUACGACGCUAAUCCUCCAGCUAUUCAAAAACAGCACUGACACUCGAGAGAAGCUCAGAUUGAACUUCCACUCAUUGAGUGUGAGUGUGAGUGUGAGUGAGCUUUUAGAAUACGGGCGUAACUGCAGAAGUUUAGAACCAACUAAAGAGCCUCUGAAACGAAUUUACAAACUUAGGUCUGUUUCAAACGUCGAGCUUCUCAUGUGCCGAACAAUAGAUAAUCCGCUGAAAUGCCUCAUCUAUUGUUUCUAAUACGUUCGGUACACGAGAGGCGCGACGUUUGAAAAAGGCCUUGUAUAAGCCAAAAGAAAAUUUGAUAAAUCCUACACCCGUAACAGAUGGGAUUAGCAAACUUACUAUAAUAGUUAGUUCACUAACCCAAAAGUCCAUCCUACUACUAAACAGGAUAGCCUCUUUAGUUUACUGUGUUUCUCAAACACUCUUAACUCCCCAUUUCUUGCCCCUGUACAUUUUUAUUACCCGUUUCCUAUCUAAAUGGUACUUAACACGAGGUACUUUGUUGCACGAGCAGUCUAGCAAGUCUAGCUAAACUUUCUGGGGGCGGUGAGCUUAGUCCUUAAUUUAAAGUGCGACCCCAAAUACGUCCCAUCUUGAUCAACUUUUUCGCUGUCAAAGUUUCCGGAUAUGAUGUCAUUAGAGGAAUUGCAAAUUAGUUUCCCUUUGUUUUUUGAACCAAAAAUUCACUAAGGUUCCUGACGUUGAGGACAAGGUUCCUGACGUCAGGGACAAGGUUCCUGACCUCGAGUGCAAGGUUUUUGACGUCGAGGACAAGGUUCCUGACGUUGAGGAUAAGGUUCCUGACGUCGUCGUCGAGGACAAGGUUCCUGACGUUGAGGACAAGCUAGGUUCCUGA